AUGGGAAUAAAUUUAAAAACUUUAAUACCUACUGGAAACCUGCUUCUAGAACAAAUAAUAGAGGAAGAGGAAUUGGAGGACAAAGGAGUAAAAUGGAUGGAAGAUUUCAAUGAAAUGAACAAAGUUGUAGAAGACAAUGACUUUAAGAAAAUUAUUAUUGGUGAUCACAACAUUCGUAUUGGAGAGGAACAGCUGCUGCCUGAAGAAAUUGGGGAGGAAUUCCAGGUUCUAAAUACUGGUAGAAAAUCAAAUGAUAAAAUUUUAAACGCCCACGGCAAAAAAUAUAUCGAAUUCUGCAAUAACAACGGCCUAGUGAUUCUAAACGGAAGAACUUUUGGUGAUGAGGAAGGAUGUUUCACAUUUACCAACGGAAACGGAAGCUCGGUGAUAGACUUAUGUGCUGUAUCCUUGGACAUAAUAAAUAAUGUGCAGUCUUUUGAAGUAAAACCUCAAUUAUGGUCAGAUCAUUUACCGAUUGUAAUAACUCUUAGGGUAAACAGUGAUUUAGAAACAGGAAUUGAAAAGUUAAAAUUACUGCCAAAGCUAAAGUGGAAACAACAAAACAAGGAAAAUUACCAAAAACAAUUAAAUGAUGAACUAUCAAGCUUAGAAAAUAACCCCUCCCUAUCAGACUUUACACGCCUUAUCAUGAGGGCGUACCCAGCCCCUUCAAUCAUAAGGAAGCCGGAAUACCAUAACCGAUGGUUUGAUAAAGAAUGUAUGAAAGCUAGAGAUAAAACCAUGAAACUUCUUAAUAAAUUCAGAUCUUCGAAGAACUCUUCAGAUAGAGAAGCUUACGUGUCACAAAAAAACCUCUACCAGAAACUUUGUGGAAAAAAACGAUUGGAUUAUUAUCGCAGCAUAGAGAUUAGACUAGAUUUCAUAUCUGAUAGCAAAUCAUGGUGGUCUUUGGCAAAGGAAAUAAGACAGAAGGAGAAUUGUAUAGGCUGCGCCAUUGCAACGGGCGCUCUGAAAACAUAUUUUGAAACUUUAUUAAACCCAAAGGUCAACUCACAAGAGAUUCUUUACGCCCCAAAUCAAGUUCUGAAUGAGAUGUUGGAUAGAGACUUUACUCUUCCAGAAUUGCAGUGCCAACUGAAAAAGGUGCAAGAGAACAAAGCCCCAGGUGAUGACAGGAUACCAUAUGAGUUUUUCAUACACGCAACAGAUGAAUUUUUAAAUGAACUGUGCAAAACAUUCACAAGAAUUUUCAACGGAUAUGAUGACUUUAGUAAUUUUAAGUCAAGUAUUAUUUUUCCCAUACACAAAAAAGGUGAUCCCAAUAUCCCAAGUAACUAUAGAGGAAUCACAUUCAUGAAUUGCAUUGGUAAGCUUAUGAUUGGCAUGAUUAAUACAAGAAUAACUGAAUGGACGAACGAGUACUGUAUACUAAAUGAAUUCCAGGCUGGUUUCAGGAAAGGGUAUUCAACGAUUGAUAAUGUGUUUAAUUUAAAAUCAAUAAUCUGUGGCCUACGAAAUGACAACAAUCGUAACCAACGAACCAAAAAAGUCGAUUCUGAGAGGAUAAGUGAAACUCGUGAAAUGCGUGAAGACUAUCAACGGCAAGCCAGAAGGUCCAGCGAAAUCGAAUUUGAGAGGUGUCGUAAAGUCCACGAGAGCUCACUGAUUCUCUCAUCAUCAUCAUCGCCGUCAUUAUCAACAACAUCACCCAUGACACAAACCAAUUUAGCCACAAACACCCAGCAGCAUUCGCUCUCACACAACACACCCGAGUGUACUCCCACAUAUGAAUUUGCCUUUCAUUUUAUGCAGAUCUUUUUGUUGUUUUUGCCUUAUUUCUAUCAUUGA